CGCAGACGGCCUUACCUACUCCAUAGUCUAAGGCAGGGGCCUUCUGUUGCUUGAGUCAUAACGGAAACUGCCCCGCCGACGGAAGCGCUGGAACAUCGUUCUGCUUUACCAUGGCACCUACACAAUCAUUACCGCCGUCUUUGGAUGAUCUUCUAGUAUUUGCAAAGGCAAACUGGCAGUUGGUGCUGCCGGUCGUCGUCAUCAUCUUGGCUUUGGCGCUGGUGUUACUGCUGAAGAGGCCGAAAGAAAAAAAGCCUUUCCUUGACCCAAGCGAGUUCAAGCCGUUACCGCUCACAGAGAAAACCUAUAUAACACAUAACACUGUGCGUCUCCGAUUCUCACUACCGGAUCCUAAGCAACGUUUAGGGCUGCCCAUCGGUCAGCACAUUACGUUCCUUGCGAAAGGUGACGAUGGGAAGGACAUUUACCGGCCUUACACCCCGGUUUCCGAUGAUGACCAGCUGGGCAGCGUCGAUUUCGUCAUCAAGAUCUACCCUCAAGGGAAAAUGUCGCAAGUGAUCGCUAAAAUGCGAGUUGGAGAUACAAUGCUUAUGAAAGGUCCUAAGGGCCGCUUCAUCUACGCGCCUAACAUGGUGAAGAAUUUUGGCAUGCUGGCGGGCGGCACGGGCAUCACGCCCAUGUUUCAGGUGCUCAAUGCAGUCCUCAAGGACCCCAAGGAUCGUACCCGCAUAACACUUUUGUACGGUAAUUUGACGGAGGAUGAUAUCCUGCUUCGCAAGGAGCUCGAUCAGCUUGUAGCCAUGCACGGUGACCGCCUGUCCGUAUUUCACGUGCUCAACAACCCGCCGGCGAGCGGCUGGCAGGGGGGCAGCGGCUUCAUCACUAAGGAAAUGAUUGCGGAGCGCCUACCGGCCCCUGGCCCUGGUCAUAUGGUUCUCCGCUGUGGGCCCACCCCCAUGUGCAACGCCAUGAAGCAGCAUCUGGACGAAUUGGGAUUCGGGGAGGAGGCGCAGUUUCAGUUUUGAGCAAUGCUGUUUAGCAACACGUGAUUAGGUGCUAUGGCUUCGGAAGCGCUGAAUAAUUGGUUUCGAUGGGCGCUGUCCUUAUUACAGCAGGAUGUUUGUGGAGGAAAAAGCAUUGGCUGGGAGGCGAUAAUGUUUUGCGGCGAGACUGCGAGAUCGAGGACGCCGCGGCGGUUAGCUUGGUGUUGUGCUGUGCGGCUACCGGGGGCUCGAGGCAGCGGUAGCAGGAGCGUGGAGGAUUUGGGAUGUUGAUGACGUUGCGAGGCUUGAAACGUUGGGAAGCAGGUUGACGCAAGAUCGCAGUGGCAAGGGGAAAGAUGUUUCCUAAGCCGCUUUUGAAAAUGGUACAGUAGUGGUAUUGGGUGUUGUCAGCGAUCACGCGCGUUAUGUAUGGCCGCGGAAGGUGGGACGAUCUGUAUGUAUGCGAGAAUAUUUCUCUCUCGCUGGUAAGGGAUAUGGCAAAGAUUUCGGCCGUGCAAAAUUUGCAAGGAUGGGCAGGUACUCACAGAUUGAAAGAGGUAAUGAUACAAGGCU